AGCUGGAGCGGGAGAGGGAGCUGGAGAGACAGGGGGAGCUGGAGCGGGAGAGACAGAGGGAGCUGGAGCGGGAGAGUGUAGAAGAAUUGGAGAUAAUAAAGGAGCUGGAGAGAAGACAACUGCUUGAGAAACAGAAUGAGACAGCGAGACAACAGCUUCAAAAGCAGAGACUGAGGGAGAAGAUGGAGAAAGAGGAGCAGGAAAAUAUGAGACAGGUAGCUAGACAACAGGAGGCAGAGAGACAGAGAAUCCUGGAGAGACAGAGGAGAGAGAGCCUGGAGAGGGGUGUGCUGGACUCCUUACCUCUCAGACCUAAAGUGCUGGAUCUAGACUCUGUGUCUCUGGGUGACCUGCUCUCCAGAGGCAGUCCCCACUCCCCUGGUGCCCGAUGGAAGCAUCCAUCUCCCCGGGGAGAGGACCACUACAGGCCUGGCAUCCUGGACAUAGACUCAUUCAGGUCCCAGACCCAGACGCAGCCCUCGCCCACUAGAGAGGUGUUCCCUAUUGCUGGCAUCAAGGGCUCAGACCCAGGUAGUGGGGUGAGAUCCCACACUCCAGAGAGGGAAGUUAGCCGUAGGGUGGGUGCAAUGGGGAGACCCAGCCCAGUGUGGGCCCCCUCUCAGCAGGAGCUGGGGGAGCAAAGGCUAGGAUUCAAUGAGGAAUCGGUGGAUAGGCCCAUGGCUGGACCAGAACCACCCAGGAAGCCUGCCAAUAAACCCAGCCUGGAGCAGCUCCUCCACAGGCAGUUGGACAGGGCCACGGCCCCCAUUCUGGUCCCAGAGAGACGCUGGUCUGGUAUGCCCAGUGAAGCAUCCUUCCCCAGGAGAGAGCCCCACAGCCCUAGGUCCCCCAUGGAGCAGACCUGGUUCCCGCAGGACUCAGGGCCCCAGGGGCACAGGGUAGAGGCCAGAGGACAGAGGAGAUCUCAGGGCUCCCAGGAGCUGAACCGGAUGAGGUCCCGCAGUGUGUCCCGUCGAUCGGCCCCGUCUGAGAGUGCUGUGGAGGGGAGCCUGUCCAGGAUGAGGAGCAGGAGUGCACAUAGAGAGAGGGACCGACAGAGCUGGGAGCAGUUGAAGCAGAGUGUGGAUGGUGAGGAAGAGGGGCGUGACAUCGACACACUGGUCCACGAGGCAGACAGCCAGUAUGGGACCUGGGAGACGGGACUGCGCACUGACGAUAGCCUGACUCCUGCCACGCCCACCUCAGACAGCAACCUCAGCCAGUCGCCUAGGAAACCCAUUCCGCCCCACACACCACGGGAACAUGCCACACACAGCGACCUGGACACUCCAGAUGGCUUCUCCCCCUCGGUCCAGCCCGAGAUGCAACUACUCCCCUUCCCUGAGGCCUCCACCAUCCUGCUGGACUCCAGUGCUCUGCGCUCCAGGGUGCAGCUGAGUAAGAUGCGGGGGCCACGUUCGCGCCCCUCCAGGGUGGCUCGUCAGACUGCUGCUAUGUCUGUACACCCUGAGGGACAGACCUCGCUCACUGAGGACUGGCGCUCCCGAGACUCAACAGAGGACCACAUUGAGUUUUCCAAGCAGGAGGACUCAGACUCUGAGGAGCAGGAGAGGGGAGUAGACCCCCGCUCUGCUGCUGCCUCCUCCCAGCCCCAGAGAGUCGCCCUCUUUCCUGGGAUGGACCCCUCCGCUCUCAAGGCCCAGCUCAAGAAGAGAGGAGACUCUGAAAAUCAGACAGAUGGAGCCGGAGCCGCCCCAUCUCCAUCUCAGCUGUCACGAUCUCCUAAAUCCCCCUUCCUGCCCCGGGUGUCCCGUGUGCUGCCCCCCUCUGGAGGGAAAGAAAAUGGGGAGGAGGCCUCACCACAGUGGCUGAGAGAACUGAAGUCUAAGAAGCGCUCGAGUCAGUAUGAAAAUGACAGCUAAGUGUGAAUGAGCAGGUUGCCUUAACUGAAUAAUUUGGUGGAGAAUUGGAGACAGAAGCCUUAACCUUUGACCCUGAGAAGAUGGAAACUCUGCUGCUGACAUUGUAAUUUGUUAUCGGUUUGUUAAUUUUAUCUGUUCUCUUCCUGCCCGGGUCAUA